UAUAUUCUCGAUUGCCCACGGCCUCCGUUGAAAUCGCCUCGACGAAAUUGUGCGCUUCAAUGGCGGACCAUAUCGUAAAACUGCCGGAGUGCAGCGCCGACGCCGACGAAAGUCAAGAGUCUCAAGACGUUCAAGACCAUGAACCGGAGAAGUCGACGCAUUAUGAUCCUAGGAACGAUCAAAGUCAAGACGAGGACGAGGACGACGACGACGACGACACAAACCCGUCAAUCCCGACCUCGCGUCCCUCACCAACGCCCUCCGCUCCCCUCACCGAUUCGGAUCGUGUAGCCGUCGACGGUCAUCUCACCAUCCGUUCCAAGCGCACCGAGCGCCAGCGCAAGCGACAGCAAAAGAGGCUCGCCAAGAAACCGACUGCUCACCACUCCACCGACGGGAUACCCCUGCCCAACGAGCUUCUCCUGGUCGUCUUAUCCUACCUGCGACCCAGCGAUCUCUUCAUCCUAUUACGGACAUCCAAGUUUCUACGAGACACCAUCCUGGACUGGGAAACCUCCCUCGUCAAGGACAUCAUCGACCUCCGCUAUCCCUGCCUAGCGCAGUGCAUCCGCCUCCCCCGCCUCCUCGGCGACGUCGAUCCGGCACUCCACCCUGCGCUGCUGAACCCCGCAGACGGCAGACACACCAUGGGCACCCGCAAAUUCCACCACAUCCAGCCACCAGACCACGCCUUCAUCUGCACCUGCCUCACCUGCGUCCUGCACUGGAUCGCCCUCUGCGUCGUCGUCGAUUUCGCCCACUGGCAGCCCCGCCUGGACGCGGGCGACCCCCUCCCCACGAUCCCGCGCGGCACGUCCCCGGAGUGGAACGAGGUCCUCCUCGCGUCGCACGUCGGCGUCGUGCGCAACGCCCUCGCGUCGCCGCUCUGGUACGCCCGCCUCCUGGAAGAACACCUCCGCUCCACAACCCGGUCGAUCCGGCGCCACGCCGAAAACAAGGGCAACCGACGGCGGCGCUUCGAGAUGACGCGCCGCGACGAGCUGGCGGGGACCGAUGCCCUCUUGCGCCGGAAGGGCCCUGCGACUGUGGAUUUCCCUUUUCAUAGGGACAACUACUACAUGUUGGAGGCUUACCUUCCCAACCGGAGCUGGAGCUCGGAUCAGGAGAGGUGGUUGUAUCUGCCUGAUUUGCAUGAGAGGGACCUGCAGUGGGUGGCCCAGUAUCAUGCACGGAAACGGGAAGACGAAAACGGAGGGGCAGGACGAACUGUGUAGGCCAGAGAAAGUCGCCUUCAAACGUUCACGACAUCGACCAACAGAUUGGUAAAAUCCCCGCCAACGCGAGGAAAGACCUCAUCCUUACAAACUGGAUUUUCACGCUGGUAUCAGAAACUCCAAUCUGAGACUUCCGGGCUCACGUUCCUUCCUGUCACGUUCAUCAACACAUAAACACGCAUUCUCAUCUCUCCCGCUUUCUGAAAACG